ACGCGGGUUAAUCCACAUCCGGCUUUAAAAUCAAAACAAGAAACUUUUUCCUCAAAAUCGAACAGAUUUAUUAACAUGCCAGUGAGAUUUAAGGGCUCUUCAGAAUAUAAAGAAAAUUUUAAACCUUUUGUAAUGCAGCCAGUUAUAAAUGCUGCAUCUGAACAGGUAGCUGUAAACGAUGCACCAUGGGUUGGUGCAGAAGUAGGGAAAUCUGUGGAACCACCAAUUCAACAUAAGAAAAGAAUAUCAGGACCACCAACUUCUCUAGCUAAUGAUUUUUAUGAAAGACCACCUCCACAAGAAUACACAUUGUUAGGACACAAUGAUAAAUUUGCAUCAAAUGUGCAGUACAUGCCUAAAAAGAAACUCAAUAUGGACAAUGUUAAUCGCAUUAACAACAACGGCACUUUUAUUCAACCGCAACCAAAUCAACCAGUUCAAAAUCUAGACACAUACAUGGAGAAGUCAAAUCAAGAUAAAGAAAUAAGAGUCUCCAAACCCAACAAACCACCAAAAGUUGACACACGAAUAUAUCUUGGUCCACCAACGCCUGAUACUCCUAGGGAACCAGUAUACCAUGCUGAAACUAAAGAAACACAGACCACUUACAGGCAAGACUUGAGAAAUGGUAAUCCCAAAAGUCACCAGCCUAAAAAUGAUUCCAACACCAAACCACCAAAAGUUGACACACGAAUAUAUCUUGGUCCACCAACGCCUGAUACUCCUAGGGAACCAGUAUACCAUGCUGAAACUAAAGAAACACAGACCACUUACAGGCAAGACUUGAGAAAUGGUAAUCCCAAAAGUCACCAGCCUAAAAAUGUUUUCAACACCAAAGAAACAAAAUACUUUCAAAACCAAGGAGUGACUAACAAACAAAAACGUCAGGCCAAUAAAAAGGAAAAGGGAGAAAAGAAUGAAAAGCAGGUGGUUUAUAAAGCAGGUUUAAAAGAUAAAAAUCUAAAAGAUGUUCUGGAUGUUGAAAGAAAGCCACGGAGGGAGAGAUGGAAUGAAAUAACCCAGACAGAUCUUGAUAAAGGAAUCAUUGAUUCAGCACCAGAAGCAGUGUCGGAUUAUGCAUUAAGAUACAAAGCAGGAAUAGCUGAAACUAGAAAAGGUCGUAAAUGGUCAGAAUAUCAAAGAGAAUUUGAAUGGAAGAACAGAGUUCCUGAUUCUCCACUUAUAACAGCAGAUCAGGUUGUACAUAAAAGCAGCACAGCUUUGGUGGCACCCAAACAUGUCCCUAAACCACGAGCUAGUGAAUAUAAAUCUCAGUUCAAGGCAUGGAAAAUGAGACCUGUUGAAAGAAAGGAUAAAGUUGAAGAACCCGCUGAAAAGAAAGCCAAGCUUAAAAGAAGUAAAAGUAUGGGAGCUAUAACUGAAAAUGUACGUAAUGAUGAAGAUUCCAGAAGUAAACAACAAGUUAGAAAAUCUUUGAAAGAUAAAUCUAAUAUUGUUGAUGUAGUUAAGGCUUCUCAUGGUAAACUCAGGAGAACUGAAUCUGAGUAUGACUCCAACUUCAAGGCCCCCUCACAGUUUCAAUAUAGAGAUGGAGCUUGGCAUGGUGCUAAUCAUCCGCAUGCUUUUAUUUCUAAGAAAGCAGAAGAGAAAGGUGAAGAUAAGCCGUCUAAUUGGUAUGGAGAAGUUUUAGAAUUAAGACAGAAAGCUGAUGAGUAUCGUAAGCGUGCACAAGGGACUCAUUUCUCUCGUGCUCAUUUAGCUCAAUUAUUAGCCAGACAAGCUGAAUUAUGGGAUAAUACAACAGGUAGUACAAGUAGUACACUAUCGGCUUUAUCUCUCGAGACCGGAGAUUUACCUCCACCCAAAAAACUAGAACUGAAAGAGAAAACAUUACGGAAGAAAGGACAAGUGGAACAGCGGAAACAAAGAACAUUUAAUGACAUGGAUUCCACUAAAGCUACCAUAGCAACAGAAGUAGAAUCAACUUCUACAACAGACUAUGAGGAACCAAUACCAAGUAAUUAUUAUAUUGGACAUAGAGGCAAGGAAAAUAUACGUCCCAGAAAAACAGCAUGGAAAUAUACAGAGUCAGAACAGACGUUAACUGAUGAUGGUGUUUAUGACAGAGAUAUAGAAACACCUGUAAAUGAAGAAGAAAAUAAUAAUAAUUACCAAGAAGGUAGAUUACCCACACCACAAUUACAACAUCUUGAUAAACCUAUUCAAAGACACCAUUUUGAUAGAACAACUCCAUGUGUUGGUGGUGCCAUUUUAUCUUCUCCUCCAGAAAUGAAAAACCGUCCAAUGAAAAAAUAUUUAACGAAAGAAGCUACGAAGAUACAUCAGUAUGCAAAUAAUAAUUACAGUGAUGAGGAUGAAGAAGAAGAAGCUAGAAUUAUAGGAAAGACAUAUAAGUUAAAUAAGAUGAAACCUAAACCAACAUAUGGCCAGCCAUCACACGAUACACAUUAUCUGCUGGAUGAAGAUGCUUCUACAGAUCGACCAAUGAGAACACAGUUUGUACAAACACCUUUAGUUGAAGAUAUUGAAACAGAUGAAUAUCUGCAUGAACCUGAAGAAGUUCAGCCUAGAUACAUUCCCAAACCUGCUAGAAAAAAAUAUUCAUCUCCUCCAGCAAUGGAAGCUAUAAAUGAAAAUUUUGGGCAGACCUAUAAUAAGCCUAUUGUUCCACCUCUUUAUUCUUAUCAAGAUGGUGGAUAUUAUGAAGAUGAUGAUGAUGAUGAUGCUUUGUCAGUUUCUGUACGGUCUGUUACUUCCAGUUGCUCACUGGCCUCAGAAAUAUUGGAACGGACACGAGAACGCAGAAAUAAUUUUUGGAAAUCCAGUAAUGGGGUGGCAGCAAAGUGAAAUGAUUAUUUUUUAACAUUAUAUGUUGUUUGUUAGGAAUAUAAAAAGAAAAAUCAAAAAAAAAAGAAAAAGAAAGAAGACAUUAAUUAAAAGCCUUAUGCAAAAACAUACAACAACUUAUGUUUUCUCAGGAUAUCAUUUGAUAAGAAAAUAGACAUUUGGAUUUCUAAAUCAUGGUGCCACAAGAUAACUUUAUCUCUAUAAGACAAGCUAGUGCUGUAUACAUAGAAUACUGGUUUUGCUGAAUUUGUUAUAGCAAACCAGGAUAAAGAUGAGUUUUCUAUAAAAAUAUCAAAGGUAACAUAAAAACAUAUAUCACUAUUUUAAAACUCAGAUAUAGGUGUAUGGAAUAAAUGUUGUUUUGUGUGAUGGUUUGAGUGGAAUUUAUUGCGUUCAGGAAAAGAACUCCUGGCUCCUGAUGAAAUUUAUUUAUUUAUUUUUCUAAAAGGCAUAUCAAACAUGACAAUAGGGAUGUGAUAUAAUAGGGAUGAGAGAGAGUGACGAUGUCAUGAAUGAUCAGCCUCUUGAGGAUAACUCAUAAAAAUCUGCUUGAAUUAAAACUAAGUUUAUUUCCAAUGGGGCUGGGAAAAUAAUUAAUUGAAAGGAUUGUAGUAUGAUAUACAUGAUGUUAAUUUGUAUAUUUUCCUUAUGAAUUUAUCUUAAAUUGGGUACAUAAUCUUUAGAGGAUUGUUAUAUGAUGUACAUGUUAAUUGGUAUGUUUUACUUUAUAAAAUUAUCUUGAAAUAGGAAUAGUCGAUGUAAAAAUACAUAAACAUUAUUCUAGAAUUCAUUGUUCUUCUUAAUACCUAUUUACUUAAUACCAGCGAUAAUUUUAUUAUGGAUGGCUAGCUGUUAUAUUAGAGUAAAAUUGAUGAAAUGAAUCUGUUCGAACCUUUUCCUUGAUAUUAAGCCACAUUUAUAUUGAUUUUAGGUUUCAUAUUGAUUUGUUAAUUGUCUUACACUAAAAUAGAAUGAUUUUAAAGAAAUUAAAAUUCCAAUCUGAAUCAACAAAUAUCAGUAUAUUAGCAACACUAUUAUUGAGAUUUUAGUAUAGUAUGUACAUUAUAUUUAUAAGCAUUCUGUGAUAAGACAAUAUUUUUAGUGGAUAAAUUCGAUGAUUUAUAAAGUUAGUAUUUUAAAAUUUUAAAAUACAAUUAAUCCUUACACAAGUAUUUUGAUACUUAGUAAUAGUCAUCGUCAACUGACAUGAAUUACAUAGACACUAUUUAACAGCCAUGCAUUUUCGUAUUUAAUCAUAUUAUUAGAUAACUUGUAUAUUAGUUUAUAGUUUUUUUUAAUAAAGUUCAUAUACAAAUGUGCUCUUAAAAUAUCAUCACAAUAAAUCAUUAACAACAUAAAAUACGUCUUUUAUUUUAUACCACCAGUUUCUGUAUUUGGGCAAAUUUUCAUGGAAAUUAUAAUAUUCAGUUGUAAUGGACAAUGUCGAUGUUGGUGUCAACCAAUAUUACAUAUUUGGUUAAACACAUUCCAAAUAUAAUUUUAACAUGUAGAUCUUUGAGACGGUUGAUCCAUAACAUGCAUUUGAAGAAUCAGGAAGUGACGCAAAAAAAUGAAGGCAGUUACCGUUAUUGGCUGAAGUAGAGAGCAAUAACAGGUACACAGACAUUGUUCAGCUAACAGGAAAUUCCUUUGAAGUUCAAGAGUUGUUAUAUGAGACUGUGAGAGGAUAUCUAUUUGCAACGGACUAUGCAUAAGAAGAAUUGACUGAAACAAGAUCCGAGAAAGAACAAAAAAAAAAAAUGGAAAAAAUGUAGCAAAGAUCUUAAUGUUCCAAUUAUAUUUGGAAUGUGUUUAAAAUUGGUGGAUACUACCAUUGCUCUUUAAGCCCAAGGCACAUAAUCUAUGCUCUUUUGUCAAACUAGUUGUCAUUUUGAGUUACCAUUUAAUAGGUUUUGUGGCUGCAUAGAGCAAAACAUUAAAAAAUUACUGAUGGUAUUGGGCUAUAUCCUCACUGAAUGAUUGGUUUAGCAAGUUAACAAUUAAAUAUUCGAAUCCCAGUUCAAAUUGAACAUGACGGUCUUAUGGAUAAACAUCACAUAGGCCUAUUGUCAACUAGUAGAUUUGUUAAGUUUGACUGUGAUGUAGAGAGAGGGGUAAAAUCUUUUGCAGUUUUACACUACAAACUCUGGCCUAUACAAUGCACCCUAUAAAAAUUAUUAGAGGAAAUAAAUUGGAUCUUAGACUUCAAAGCAAUUUUUUAUCCUGGAUUCUAUCCAUUAAGUUAUUAAGUAGUUAUGAAUUAACCUAUAUAGGCUUGGCAGUUUGAACCCUGUGGGCCCCCUUUGUAUAAUAUUUUUGACACUGUGAUAAUCCUUUCUUACACGCAUUGUCGUCACCCUUGGCGUUGCUCAAUUGUGUUCAAUUGAUGCUUAUUUCACUUUAUUUUCUUGUUAUCUAAAUUCUUUAGGAUUAUCAAUAUAUUCUUUAUAAUUUAAUGUAUAUAAUGAUGGUCCUGGUCGCAAUAUUUUAGCACUUCCUAAACACUCAUCUUCAUUAUAGAACACAGCAUAUUGUCCUGGACAUAUGGCCCGCAUCGGUCUUUCAAGGGAGACAAUUAGGCCAUUCCCACCAGUAAGGGUAGCAGUACAUUUAACUAGUGGAUGUAUGUGUUGAAAUCUAAAAUAUGCAUCAAACAUUUGGUCUUGAUACAACAAACGGGGAGGAUGGCGUAUCCAAUGAGGU